AUGCUCAAGGCCCCCGAUCAUCAGGUGGCCGGGCAUCAAGCCCGAGAGGGCCAGCUCGGCCCCCUCGUCGACGAUUCGGGGCGUUUCUACAAGCCACUCCAGAACAAUGGUCGCGGAUCCAAGGAGCUCGCCUUCUACCGCUCCUUUUUCUCCGACCCUAGGGUGCCCCACCAUAUUCGGAGGUUCUUUCCCCGCUUCUUCGGAACCCUGGUUGUGGAAGCUUCAGACGGCUCCGGCCCCCAGUCUCACCUGGUGAUGGAAGACCUCGUCUCGGGGCUCGACCGUCCCUCCGUGGCCGACAUCAAGAUCGGCUCGAGAACUUGGUACCCCCACGCCAAGGAGGACUACAUCGCCAAGUGCAGCAAGAAGGACAGGGAAACCACGAGCUUGACCCUGGGUUUCAGAGUUUCUGGUCUGCAGAUAUACGACGAGGACAACGAAGCAGCGACAGGGGGGUUCUGGAAGCAGAGUAAGAAGCAAGUCCAGGGUUUCACAGCGGAGGACGUGAGAGGAACCCUCCGGAGGUUCGCCUCCUCGAACCCAUCCGCUGCCACCGCCGCCACCGCCGAUGGGGAGGAGCCAGACUGCGCUUUUGCUGCGGUCGUCUACGGCGGCUCGGGAGGCAUCCUGGCACAGCUGCUGGAGCUGAAGGCUUGGUUCGAAGAACAGACAAUCUUUCAUUUCUACUCGGCCUCCGUGCUUCUGCUGCGCGGGAACGGCGCGACUGAGGCCGCAAGAGUGAAGCUCGUGGACUUCGCUCAUGUGUUCGAGGGAGAUGGCGUCAUCGACCACAAUUUUCUGGGCGGGCUGUGCUCUCUGAUCAGGUUCAUUUCGGAGGUCCUGUGCGGCGGCAGCGACGGCCGCCCCCACCCGGAGAAAUCCUCUGCUGCUGAGAAUGGUGGGCAGGGGGUGACGCUCUCCGGCGUCUGA